AUGUCCACACAGAUUAUCAGUGUCUAUUUGGCCGAUGGAACGUUCCGCAAUGUCAGAGUGGACUCGUUUACCACGGUUCAGGUGAAUUCUCGCUUUAGUAAUGUAAUUAAAAAUCAAGUAUCGCAAGAAAUGACAUUUUUAAACGUAACCAAUUCUAGCGGAUUCUGCACGUUGUGCUAGACGGCCUUGGGAUAGACCGUCUAUCGUUUGGCCAUUUCGCUCUCAGAUUGUCCACAUUUCCAACCGGUCCCGGGUCUACAGUAUCAGAUAUACGAUGGCUACAUUCCUCGCUUCGGAUGCCUCAGAUCGUGCAACGGUAUCUGAAUCCGUUGAGCAGCGGCUCGCAGAUGAGAUUCGAACUACGAGUACGUUUUAUUCCCAGCGGCCUCUACGAAAUGUAUCAAACCCAAUUGGCAGCUUUUCUGUACUUAUACGACCAGUUACUGAGCGACUAUGUUCUCCAUGUUUCGUGGAAGAUCAGCAAAGACAAGGCUAUUUAUAUGGCUGCGUUAGCUAUCAGGAAGAGACUAAAACAUUUGAACAGGUAGGCGAUCAAUAUCUGUGUACAAUUGAUAACUUUUAGUAACAACCUCGAGAAGAAGUUUGACUUUAAUGCCCUUGAAGAAGACGGUGGGCUAAUGUCGUUUCUUCCAGAAUCAGUCAUCGUUGGAACACCGGUGAGUGUAAUAUAUUAUAUCACAAUUGUUCAUAGGUUACUAAUGAUACUCCCCAUACAAUAUGUUGGUCAAACAAAAUAAAGCUUGUCAAAACUGCCAUUUUAGAAAAAGCAGAUGCAGAAGUUGUUACUGUCAGCCCUCAAGAAGGUGAUCAAACUGUCAGAAAUCGAAUGUGUUUUCCAAUUUAUGAAAAACCUGAUGAACAUCGCCAGGUUCGACUCUGAAAUCUUCAAAGUAUUUUUGGGGGUAAUUAUAUUGUCAUUUUAUAUUGUGGUAUCGUUUACGUAUUAUACAUUUGAUUUCAGGCCAACAACAUUCGACCGGUCGAGUUAUAUGUUGGGCAACAUUACGGAGUAGCUUAUAAAAAUGAAAAUACAAAAGAAGUAAGUUUAAGGAGCCUUUUGGAGGAUAAUACGCAGGUUAGUGAACAAAAAUUAAAAUUUAUAUAAAAAGGCGUUAAAUGCAAAAUGUAAGCAUAUUUUGUUUUCAACCCAUGUUUACUAAAUAUAUGUUACGUAAGUGAACGUACUUUACAUUUCACUCUAAUAUUACUGUUUUAGCCUGUUGUUUUGGCUGAACUUAGAAACGUGAUUGAUAUAUCUGUUCGGAAGGUGGACUUGAAGAAGGAUCACUUCAUAAUCAAGAUUAAAAUAAGCGGAAACUCCUCGCCUCUCCUGAUUACGGUAACUACAGGAGAAAUGGCAGAAUCCUUGGCUCAUUUAAUAGAUGGAUAUCAGAUGCUGCUAAGUCAACAGGCAUCUGUGUGGUCGUCUAGAGGUAAGAGUAUAUCUAUAUUAAGUUGUUUGAUAACAUGAAUCUACAAGUCUUAAACUUUAGAUCUCCGAGACACAUUCUGGAUGAACGGUUGGAGAUCAGAAUCCCCAGCUACACCGCCCACGAUGUCUCCACUGGCACCCAGAAGAGGCAUCGUGAAGUCAGAAGUUGGUGAAAACUCCCAGAUUGGAGCAGAUACCAAGUCUUUGCUCAAGGAAAUUGAGAUAGAUCCUCAGAAGAUCUUACUUGAGAAGCUACUAGGUAGUGGACAGUACGGUAAUGUGUAUCAGGGGAUACUACAACUAGAGAAACGACAGAUUACUGUGGCUGUGAAGGUGUGCAAAGAACAUAACAGUGAUCCACAAACUUCUAACAAUGUGCUCUUGGAAGAAGCGUGUAAGUAAGAGUAGUGUACUUUUGUGUACUGUAAUUUCGCAUCAAAACAGAAAAAGACCAAUAUUGACAAAAUUCACAAAAUUAAAAGCCAACAAUGUUUUAGACACCAUGUCCCAGUUCUGGCACCCCCAUAUCAUCCACAUCAUAGGCGUAUCAGUACAUUCUACCGUGUGGGUGGUGAUGGAGAUGAUGCAGAUGGGAGAGCUGCGACAAUACUUGAAAAGAGAAGGACGACAUAUCAGUGUGACAACACAAGUUUUGUUUUGUAAACAAGUAGCUUCAGCGUUGUGUUAUCUUCACUCCAAACAGUUUGUACAUAGAGAUAUAGCCGCGAGGAAUGUCCUAGUGGCCAACAAUUGUUGUGUCAAGUUGUCGGACUUUGGAAUGAGUCGACUGGUUGAAGAAGACUUCUAUAAAUGUAAGUUGAAAAGUAGAACCAAUUAACAAAGUCCAACUACCAAAAACCUUAACUAAUAUCAAGUUCGAAUCAGACCGCCCGGUCUAAAAGGAAAAAUUUUCCACAGUCUAUAAUUUUAUCCAGAUAAGCCCAUAAAAUCACAAAAAAAAAUGUAACCGUAUUUCCGACCUUUACGAGCCUUUAACCGACAAUUUUCAGCAAGUUGUACAAAACUGCCCUUAAAGUGGCUACCACUAGAAUCCCUAAACUUUCGUCGUUUCAAUGCCAAAACAGAUGUAUAUAUGUUGGCAGUGUGCUUCUGGGAGAUAUUCUCGUUGGGUGAAAAGCCGUGGACUCAGAUCAAGAACCAAGACUUGUCACGACAUCUGGAGGAGGGCAACAAACUCUCUCAACCUGACUGUUGCCCCUUUCAGAUGUACCAUUUGAUGGAGCUGAUGUGGGAGCUGGAUUCUGACAAACGCCCUGUCAUGAAACAAGUCUACGCUGUGAUCUGUUCGGUGAUUAAGAAGACCAGCGGUCGAGUAUGUCCAGGAUCUGCGCCAAAUUCCCCUGCCGUUCAGAUGAGAAAACACGCACGAGAUGUGAGUCCAUGUCUUUACAAUAUAAGUUGUGGUAAAAUAAUGAAAUUGCCUAUAAGCUAUAAUAUUUAAGAAAAUCAUAACAAAAAAGUAAAACAUAAAUGUGAAUUUAGAGCGCUCUUCGUGCAAGUUUGUCCAGUUUGACACUUUUCAAAGGCCAUGGAAACGAACUGACAGAUCGAAAAGUAAGUAACAGUAGUCAUCACCUCAUAAUAAACAAUAUUAAUCAUAACCCGUCCCAUUUCAGUACAGUUUCGAAAACAACUUGAGCACAGUGGAUAAAGACCUCGUGUUCUGUGCCGUUUCUGAUGUUCUGAACGCCUUGAGAGAUCUGCAAGAGAACAAAAGGUCAGAAGAUGUCAACAUGUUGUUAAACACUACAGAAGUAAGUUGAAAACAUUCUAAACCUAGACCUAUCGAAAGUCUAUAGAUAAAAACUUCUCCAAGCUAAUCAAGGUCGACUAGUACAUAAAUUAUUCUUUUUUGGGAAUCUCACAAAAGAAAAUCUUGACACAUUUUGUUUCCUACGUCAAGUUUACCUUUUUUUAUCAAAUUUGUUGAUAACAAGUUUCAACAUCGAACUACCAAUAUAUUUUUUAGAAAUUGUUGUUUUUGUUGCAAGAACUCUUGGUGAUCAGCACUCCCCAUCUGGCCCUACUGGAUCAACCUAUGAAGAGCAAAGUUCACGAAGCUGUAGAACUUCUCAACGACGAUUGUGACGUUCUGAAGCAAUUCAUUCAGCUAAUGACACAAGAAGAAGAAAACGCCAAUAUCAACACUCAGAUAGAGGUACUCUCGACUUUCUCGAGAACCCUCAGGGCACAUACUCAAGGCUUCUGGAACACGUUCCAUCUGGCCAGAGUACGAUCUAAUCUACCCCUCACAUGA